UUCGAAGGCAACUCUUAGAGUUUCGCCUCACUCUCGCUCCAAAUUUCUCCUCAAUUUCCUUCAAUUCCACUCUCUUUAUCUCCCUCCCUCGCACUGUUUGUUUGCGGAAGCGAUUCGCUGCGUUUCGGUGCAUGACGAGCGCGUCGGAGCUGUUUUACACCAGGAGGUCACGCGUGGGCCGUGCCGAUCACGGUUUAGGGCUCGACCCUCUCACUCCUGAACGGACUUUCCACAGUCGUCGCCAUCAUCAGAAUAAUAAUUCUAAUCAUCGCCAUGAUUCGGACGGCUGUGAUCCUCUCCGUAGAUCACCGCAUGGGCGCCAUCUCUCUCACCGUCCCUUACAUUCGGAGCGUGCUUUAGCUCGACCUGAUCAAGGAAGGAGCCAGUCUGUCACAAGCAACGCGGUUAACUCAGCAAUUUCAAGAAUCACAAGUAGAUCGAGUUUGAAUGGCAAUGACAGGCUUCCUGGAGCUGUACUACUUGCAAGGGCAAGGCUUCUUGAGAGAUUGAGAGGCGUGUCCCUUUCUGAAAACAGGAGAAGUUCCAGAGCUUCAUCAGACAACCACAGGAGGAAUUUAUUUGAUGAUGAAUUUAGGCUUGAUGAUGCGGGGGACUGGGGAGCUGAAACGUCAACUGGAUGGUUAACUGCAAUCUCUCCCUUCACAGACUCAACCUCUGAAACAGAAGGCGUGCAAUUCGUGGAUGAAGCGAAAAAGGAGAAGCCACCUGGUCUUACCCAGGAGGCCCUGGGUUGUUUGCACAUGGAGGUCUUUAGCAGCUUCAGAGUAGGUAACAAUGAGGAAGUGUCAAAGGCAACUUUAGAUUGUAGUAUAUGUCUGGAGAGUUUUACGGAUGGAGACGAGCUUAUAUGCCUGCCGUGCGAACAUAGGUUCCAUUCUGGCUGCUUGUAUCCUUGGGUUAGAAGUUGUGGGGACUGCCCAUAUUGUCGAAGAGAUAUAGUUGUAAAUAGUCAAGAGAGGCACGAGGAGAACUUAAAAUCCCUUGUCAGGUAAAUUUUUAUUGAAUUUUUAAUAUGUACUUGGUGAAAGUUUCGAGAGUAAACUAAAUUUGGUGAGAUAUAUUGUAGUUUUGACAUGAAACAUACAUAGUGAUCCUUGUAUUGAAGGAAACACGCCGGAAUUUAGAUUCUCACUUGUGUUGUGUAACUUGUUCCAGUCAUUGGAUUGGUUGUUGUAAUCUCGUCUCUUUUUGCAAGUUAAUCUGCAUCCUGAGAAUGUGAAUUAUACUUUGAGAA